GCGGGAAUGUUGACAGUCAGCUGUUUUGACAUCAAUUGUAUUUCACUGUGUUGGUAUUGUUUGAUUGAUUUUCUCUGCAAUUAUGUAUGAAAUCAUGUUCUGGACAAUAGCAUAAAGUCGUUAUAGAAUAGUAUAUGUUUAGAAAUUUUAUUGAUACGUUUUUUUAUGAAGUAAUUAUGGGUAUUACGGGUUUGAUACCAUUCCUCGAAAAAGCUUCUAGGCGUGCUAAUGUUGGUGAAUUUAGUGGAUGCACGGUAGCUAUAGACUCAUAUUGUUGGCUUCACAAAGGAGCAUUUGCGUGUGCCGAUAAACUUGUAAGAGGAGAACAAACAGAUGUUCACAUAAAAUAUUGCUUAAAGUAUGUUGCGAUGUUAUUAUCUAAAAACAUCAAACCCAUAUUGGUGUUUGAUGGCAGACAUCUCCCAGCAAAGGCACUGACUGAAUCAAAACGUAGAGAAUCUAGAGACAUAUCUAAGAAAAGGGCUGCUGAAUUAUUAAGUCUUGGAAAGAUAGAUGAAGCAAGAUCUUACAUGAGACGAAGUGUGGAUAUCACCCAUGCAAUGGCUUUAGCUCUAAUUAAGGAAUGUAGAAACCGGAAUGUGGACUGUAUUGUGGCACCAUAUGAAGCUGACGCACAGCUGGCUUAUCUAAAUAUGAAUAAUAUAGCACAUGUUGUUAUUACUGAAGAUUCGGAUCUCAUUUUAUUUGGUUGUACAAAGGUGCUUUUUAAAAUGGAUCUGGAUGGCACAGGAACUCUAGUAGAAACUGCAAAACUUCCAUUGGUCAUGAAAUGUCCAAUAGAGUACUACAAAUUUGAUAAAUUCAGAAGGAUGUGUAUCAUGUCUGGGUGCGACUACUUACAAUCAUUGCCAGGCAUCGGCUUAGCAAAAGCCAGACAGUUUGUGAAUGCAUCACAGGACUCUAAUUUUGCUAAUGCAUUAAAGAAAUUGCCGAGUUUCUUCAAUCGUUCCUCAUUGAUUGUCACUGAUGAGUAUAGAGAGAAUUUUCUUAAAGCAGAAGCUACUUUUAAGCAUCAAUAUGUUUACGAUCCAUUAGAACGGAAGAUGGUUAGACUUACGGAGCCCGAUGACGAAGAUGUGGAGCAAGCAUUAUGCGUGAACGCGGGGGAAUUGUUAUCGGACGACGUCGCCUUCCAGUUGGCGCUCGGGAAUCUGGAUCCCUUUUCUCUGAGGAAAAUGGACGACUGGCAUCCAGACACAUCUGUUACGGACUUUAAAAUGAAAACGACAGGAUGGAAAGACAAAGGUGUGGCCCCCCAUCCUAGUAUUUGGCGCGGUAAUUAUACCCGUUACUUAACAGACCCCAUGCCUUGGGCUAAGAAGGAAGUUAAGUUGGAGUCGAUAAUAGCUGCUCCCACCACGAGAGCUAGGAGGAAAGUGAUUAAUUUAGUACAGAAAUAUGUACCAGAAACACAGGACGAAAGUUUGACAAUAGAGAGUUUAAGCAGUAUGUAUUGUGUGGAGCCAGCAAUGAAAAAGCAGAAAAUGAGCUGUGAUACUAGUCUAAGCGAAACAUAUAGUGAGACUACUCAAGAUACUCACAAUAUGGCGGUAGAUGAAGACGAAAUAGUACAAGAGUUGUCAACAAUUCAACCAAAUAAAUCACCUAUAUUAGAAAACAAAGAGAGAUCAUAUAAGAAAUGUUUAAAUAAUUUAACGGUACUUAAGAGUUUGAGUAGGUUUCCUAGAACUGUGCUCGGUGAUAAUGUAGUUGAAAGUAAAUUUUUCAAUGCAACAGAUGAGAGAUCUGAUGAAAUGGAUGUAUCGAGAACUAGUGUAAUAAUAGAAGAAUCUCCAGAAAAGUGUAGUAGGAAUCCGUUCAAAGUGAAAUCUCCGGAUGCAUGUCAACCUUUAGAAAUUAACACUCAGUGUUGUGAAAUACCAAAUUCUCAAUCAAGCAUUAAUUCGGAGAAGGAGAAUUCACCGAUGAACUCACCUGUGGAAAGAGAACAGAGCCCUAUAUUGGAGCCCAGUCCGAGGAGCAAGAAUCCGUUCAAGUUAAGAUCUGACGAGAUGCUAGUCGAUAAAUAUAGUGAAGACUCUGUGAUAGAUAACACAUAUCCUCUAGAGGGUUUGGUGACGCCGAUGGAUUCACAGGUAUCAUACGGUGAAUCCCCACCCAAAGAGAAGUAUUCAAGUGGUAGCCAAUCGCAGUCUAUACUGAGUGACUUGAAGCAGUCUUCGAAUAUUAAUGGGGUCAAGAGAUCUAAUUAUAAACAGCUAGCAUUAAAGAAAAGUGUUUCUUUGCCAAGCAACCAACCGACACUGCUCAGCAAGUUUGGCUUCCAAAAGAAGUAA